GAAUUGUCUCCCCACAUGGCCGAUUCCAGCUGCCACUGAAUGUACUCAUGUCCACAAUCAGAUCUAUAUCAUGGCGGCCAACAUCCCCGCUCAACUGAAGUCUGCAGACCUAGGGCGCUUUGCCCUUAGGGCUGCCCAGGUCGAGAAGGCCAAGCCUGUUAUUGCCUACUGGUGUAAUUACUGGAUCGUGGAGCAGAUCAUCAAGAGAAAGCUUCAUACGGCCGACAAAGAAUGCGAGCAGUAUACGAUGGAUGUUAUGGAUAAGCUUGAGCAAUUCAAAAACGAAAAUGUCGGGAAUGAUGCGAUCACUGAUAAUGUUGCUGGACAAGCGUAUGUCGAGCAAUUCGCCAUGGAGGUUUUCAAUCGCGCGGAAGCUGCCAUGAGGGCGGACAAGGUUACGAAACAAACAGCAGAUACCUUUCAAGCGGCGGCUACGUUUCUCGAGCUCUGUCAGAUAUGGGGCCCUCUCGAACCUGAAAUCGCCGCGAAGAUCAAAUUCGCCAAAUAUCAUGCGGUCCGCAUCGUGAAAGCUAUCAAGGCCGGAGAAGAUCCCAACCUGACAAACCCGAAAAUAGAGGAGAAGGAAGAUGAACAGCUUGAGCCUCUGGAUCCUAGUGACCCCGAAGUGAAAGCCAUUGAGGGUUCGGGCGAGCCGUCAACGACAAGACCAAGGCAGCCAUCCGUGGAAGAUGUCCCUGAUGAUGCUGAUCGCACAGAGAAGCAGUUGGCGCGGCAAUCAUCUUUGGAUGAAUCUCUUCAUCCAUCCAGGUCGUCUUCGGUUCCGCCUCAGCCUCCUACGUCUCUGCCUCAUGUUCCUUCAAAACUUUCGGAUGUGGAUACUGCGCAAGCUUCCUCAACUGGAGACGCACCGGAGCUCCCUUCAGCUCCUGCGGGCUUCGGUUCUUCUUCACUCAGUCUUCCAGACACUCCAGCAACAUCGAACCUUGGCGCCGCUUACUCUGGCUCUACUGACGGCUUGGAGUCAUUCCCUCCUCCAACGGCAGGCGAACAGCCAACUACAGACAGUCUGCCUCAACCUCCCAGUGCUUUCUACAGAGCACCAACCAACCCGUUCGUACCUCCUGCUGCUCCCGCAACAUCAUUCUCACGAACACCCCCCGCCGCUGCUCCACGUCCAACACCUGUACCUGCUCCUGCAGCCUCUCGUGCUUCAGGCACACCCGCGAAUCAAACGGUCGAUGAUGACUCGAUUGCACUGGCCCAGAAGCAUGCUCGUUGGGCCGUCUCAGCAUUGAGCUUUGACGACGUAAACACUGCUAUUAAAGAACUGAGAAACUCUUUGAGAUACCUUGGGGCAGAGUGAAGGGGCAAAUACCAUUAUGCAAUGAAAACAUACAUUAGUCCUCGAUUUAAUAUGUAAAGCUUAUAUCGAAAGUUGCCUAUAUGAUUAACUGUUAUUAUUCCCCAUUUACUGCAAAAGCUGUCUUCUAUGAUUUCUUUGUUUUGGGUGAAUGAACUGUAUUCACUUGCAACCCAUAUUCACCUCUCUGUGUGUUAAAACAUCUGCGCGUCAGGCACGUCUUUUGGACCCCUCUUUGCUCUUUCACAUUCUUCU